AUGAGCUUUGGGUUCAGCAUUGGCGACUUUCUAGCGGUGAUUGGACUGGUCAACAAGAUUAGGAAAGACUUCGUUGGCGCUCCAAGCCAGUUUGAGGACAUAUCCAAUGUGCUCCGAAGCCUUUCUAUUGUCCUGAACGAUGCUGAAGUAACGGUAUCCGAACACGAACUCAACCCUCAAGAGGAAACAGAUUUCCGAGAUGUUCUUGAUGGUUGCCAACAUACUCUUGGCAAGCUUCAACACACAGUAGACAAGUAUAUCGUGCUGGACUCGCAGCAAACGAGCGUCGGCGGCAAGCUGAAAAGGGCAUGGAAGCGACUAUCUGUAGAGCCAGAGGACAUCCGCGAUCUUCGGAGUGAUGUCAACGUCAAUAUUGAUCUACUCGCCGCACUGACCGGGCGACUUACUCGAGACAACACCUUCAAAUUAGUGCGGUACCAAGAAGACAAGGAGCAACAAGCCAUCCUUGACUGGCUAACACCAACUGGCUACGCUCCUCAGCAGAACGACUUCCUCAAGCAGUGGCAAGCUGGAUCUGGGAAAUGGCUUCUAGACUCGGCGAAAUUCAAAAGCUGGUUAGGGACCAAGAAACAGACACUUUUCUGCCCAGGUAUACCAGGAGCUGGGAAGACAAUACUCACAUCAAUUGUAGUAGACAAGCUUUCUUCACACUUCAAAGACGAAAGCAACAACGGUAUUGCCUACAUAUACUGCAACUUCAAGCGGCAAGACAAGCAAACGUUGGAAGACCUACUCGCAAGCGUACUGAAGCAGCUAGCUCAAGCAAGAUCUUCUCUCCCACAAACUGUCAGGUCUCUCUAUGACAAAUACAAAUCUAUGAAGGUCCAGCCUUCGAUAGAUGACAUCUCAACGGCCCUUCAUUCCGUGGUUGCUGAGUUUUCGCGAGUCUUUAUCCUUGUCGAUGCGCUGGACGAAUGUCGAGUCAAUGAUAGUUGCCGAGCGAAGCUACUUUCACAACUCUCACAACUUCAGACUAGUUGUGGAGCGAAUCUUUUCGCAACGUCAAGAUUCAUUCCGGACAUCACGGAGAGAUUUGAACGAGACACAUGGUUGGAAAUCCGCGCCAGCAAGGAAGAUAUCCAAAGAUAUGUAGAAGGACAUAUCGAUGAACUGCCGCGUUUUGUCAGACGUGAUCUGGAUUUACAGCAGGAAAUUAGUUCUGAGAUCGUCAAAGCUGUCGAUGGCAUGAAUGUAGCUUCUUACCCCGUUCUUGAAGAUUUUACUAACUGUAAUAGGUUUCUACUUGCAAAACUUCAUCUCAAUUCCUUAAAAGGAAAAAGAUCCCGAACGGCUAUUCGAGAUGCUCUGAAGACUUUGCCCACCGGAACAGAAUCAUACAGUUGUGCAUACUCUGAUGCUAUGACGAGAAUCAAGGGGCAGCUACCGGAUGAAGCAAUGCUUGCAAAGGAAGCUCUGUCAUGGAUCACUUGCGCAAAGAGGCCACUGACUACCAUAGAGCUUCAGCAUGCUCUUGCUGUCAACGGCGGACAAGCAGAAUUCGACGAAGACAACAAAUCAGACAUCGAAGACAUUGUUUCGAUAUGUGCUGGACUAGUCACUGUUGAUGAAGAGAGUGGCAUUAUUCGCUUAGUGCAUUAUACUACACAAGAAUACUUCGAACGGACACAAAAGAACUGGUUUCCAACCGCAGAAUUCGACAUCACGACGAUCUGUGUAAUCUAUCUCUCAUUCGCGGUCUUUGGAAGUGGCCCUUGCGACACAGACUCUAGCUUUGAGGAGCGGCUGCAACUGAACCCAUUAUACGACUAUGCUGCGCACUACUGGGGUCACCAUGCCUGUCAGGCCCGGAGUGCACAUUCGAAAGUCAUCGAAUUCUUCCAUCACAAAAUUAAUAUGGAAGCUGCAUCUCAAGCAAUGCAAGUCUAUAAGAAGUUUUCAUGGGAUGAUCGCUAUAGUCAAUAUUUUACGAGGCGAAUGACAGGACUGCACUUAUGUGCAUAUUUCGGAAUCACAGACGUAGCUGCGGCAAUUAUUGAUUUUGUAGACCUCGACUCGAGGGAUGAAGACGGCUGGACACCGCUAUUUUGGGCCGCCGAAAAUGGGCACGAAGGCGUAGUUAAGCUACUGCUAGAUACGGGCAAGGUCGAGGCCGACUUAGAAGAUGAAUAUGGCGAUACGCCGCUAUGGUGGGCUGUCAGAAACGGGCACGAAGGUGUAGUUAAGCUAUUGCUAGACGCUAGUAAGGCUGAGGUCAACUGGGAGAAUGACCGUCAGAUGCUGCUAUCGUGGGCCACCAGAAGGGGGCGCGAAGACGCAGUUAAGCUACUGCAGUCCGCUUGUGCUUCGUAG